CUCCCUGCCGUUGAUUUGUGUGUAAGGAUAUAUCGGCUUGAAUGCAGAGAUGAGCUCAUCUCUGCUGAAUAUAUAACAGUACGAAAUCAAAAGUGAAGACAGGUGGAGAACAGUGAAAAUAUUCCAUCGAGUAAUCGAAAUUGGUCGAGAUCGAGUUAGAUCUAACGUGGAUAAAUGAUCGUUUGAAUAAAUAGAUGGACUCGAAAGUUUCAGGUGGAUCUCUCAAAGAAUGUAUUUUCAACAUGAACUCGAUUCCCUGGGAAUCAUUGUUGCAAGACUUAAAAGAAAAUGUACCGCAUGAAGCGAGAGUGCAUUUAAUUCCAAUACUUUCGACGCUGAGGGCAUUUGGAAGUAGCGAUCGAAGAGUCGAGUUUUCUCCAAACUGGGUAAAAAAUUCAUUACUACGCUUGGAAGCUUGUUUAGAUCGAGCAUGGGAGUCUCUUAAUUCCGGGUACUGGAAAGAUGUUCCUAUUGAGCACAGAGUCUGCUAUUCUGUAUGUAGUAUCCUUAUGGCAUUAAUACUUCAGAUGAAGGGUGAAAACGAUACGGAAAAGUCUGCAAAAAGUAAAGACGAAAACUUGCAGCAAAUAAUACAGCAGAUUGACAAAGGCAUUUUGUUAGGAGCACCCUUGCCUCAUGCUCCAGACCUUCUAACAACAAUUGCCUCAAAUGCUAAUCGUUAUUUUGUUGAAAACUUGGGGGUAAUGGAAAAUAGUAGUAAAGUGUUAUUCGAAGAUGCAAGUAUUUGUCAAGAAACAUACCCUGGUUUUGAAACUGUGAAGCAAUACUAUGAACCGUCUAUGGAAACCUUCUACAGAGAUAUAUUUGCAAGAAAGACUCCAGCAAUUUUAGCAGGAUGCUUGAAGCAUUGGAAAGCAUUGACAUUAUGGCGAAAUGCAGAUUAUUUAAUGAGGGUAGCUGGAACGCGUACCGUACCGAUUGAAAUUGGAUCUCGUUACACCGAGGAAGACUGGACCCAACAUCUUGUCUCCUUCUCUGAUUUUCUACAAACUCACAUAUCAAGGAAAAAUAAUAAAGUGGGAUAUUUGGCGCAGCACCCACUUUUUGAACAGAUACCAGAAUUGAAAGAGGAUUUCGCAGUACCAGAGUACUGCAGCUUUUCAGAGGGUGAAGAAGACGUAACGCCACCUGACAUAAAUGCAUGGUUUGGCCCAAGCGGAACUGUAUCACCCUUGCAUUAUGAUCCAAAGUAUAAUUUAUUAUGUCAGGUAUUUGGAUACAAAAGAAUAAUAUUGUAUUCCCCGGAAGAUACUCCAAAUCUGUAUCCCUACGAGACAAGAUUACUUUGCAAUACUGCUCAAGUAGAUCCUGGCCAUCCAGACUUCGAAAAGUGGCCGAAAUUUCGAAAUGCCAAGGGUUUGAUCUGCUAUUUAGGACCUGGAGAAAUGUUGUUCAUUCCCCCGAAGUGGUGGCACUAUGUUGUUGCUCUCACAGCGAGUUUCUCUGUCAGUUUCUGGUGGAAUUAAUAAGUUAGUAUUAUUCACAGACUCUACUUGAUAUACAUGAAUUUUAAAUACUCUACUUAAAUAGUGAAAUUCAUGAAAAUGAUUCGUUGUAACCAGCGGUGCUGUAACUUAGGUCAAGUUUUAUGUACGUUACGUUGGCAGAAAGUCAGUAAGAUUUAGAUUAGCUUACAGGAAUAUCCAAAAAUGUCUAUUUAUCGUUAAUGAUUACCAAUAGCACAGUCUUUAAAUGUUCCUUAAAGUUAACACGCGAAACCAGUUUACAUCAAAUGUAACGCAGAGGGACAAAUAAAUUAUACCAGGAUUGCAAUCAAAU